AUGGCAGGAGAACAGAAGCCAUCCAGUAGCCACCUGGAACAAUUUAUUUUACUAGCCAAAGGCACUAAAGGUUCUGCGCUUCCAGCUCUAAUUAACCAAGUAUUAGAAGCCCCUGGAGUUUAUGUGUUUGGGGAACUUUUAGAUUUACAGAACGUGCAAGAGUUGGCUGAUAGUCCGCAUUCUGGAUACCUGCAGCUCCUCAACUUGUUUGCUUAUGGAACAUAUCCAGAUUAUGUUGCAAUGAAAGACAGCUUGCCAGAGCUCUCAGCUGCACAGCAAAACAAGCUAAAACAUCUGACAAUUGUGAGCCUUGCAUCCAGGAUGAAGUGCAUUCCAUAUUCUGUGCUGCUGAAAGAUUUGGAUAUGAGAAACCUCAGAGAGCUGGAGGAUCUAAUCAUAGAAGCAGUUUACACAGAUAUCAUUCAGGGCAAACUGGAUCAGCGCAACCAUGUGCUAGAGGUGGAUUUCUGCAUUGGACGGGACAUUCCCAAGAAGGAUAUUAGUAGCAUUGUUAAAACUCUUCAGGAGUGGUGUGAUGGCUGUGAGGCGGUUUUAAUGGGGAUUGAACAGCAAGUGCUACGGGCUAACCAGUACAAGGAGAACCACAUCCGCACACAGCAGCAAAUAGAGACAGAGGUGACAAAUAUAAAGAAGACUUUGAAAGCCACAGCUUCCUCAACUGCUCAGGACACUGACCAGCACCUUGCGGAACGGGAAGGGCCCCCCCCUUGCUGAACAACAACAGCCCAGCCCACCAAAAGAUGUCGAAGGUUAAAGGUCUAGUCUCCAGUCGCCACUAG